UCAUUUCAGCCAGCUUGGGCUCGUUGGCUUCGGGAUAGGCCGUAAAAACCACCCAACAAGGCGUUGUGGGGGAAAUACCGAGCCGAACCGAGAUUAAAUAAAGCUUUAGUUCAGUUUUAGGUGGAGAUAGAUUCUGAGAAAUGAGGGGAAGUCGACGGAAGUGGAAAAGGCUUCGCAUUUUUACGGUUUAAUUUGGUGGCUGACGUCGAUCGGAGCGUAAUGAGCAGAGUUGGAGAAAGAAGGAGCUGAGCAGCUUUUUUUUCCUCCCUUCCUCUGCUGAUCAGACAACUUGGACCGGACUGAACUGCGCUGUGAUCCGGGUGCAAACUAUGGACAGGAAGCUCUGAAGUUCCAGCGGCCGGGGCCUGGGGCUUGGAGGAGGGUUCAGGAGGUCCAUGCCCGACCCCCACAGCUGAGGCCCGAGCAGGAUGACUCAGCACCCGGGGGGCCCCCCAAACAACAAGUGAAGAGACGUAAGGAUGGGGGCCAAUGGAUCCAGUUAUCCACACUCCUGCUCCCCGCGCAUCGGGGGAAACAUGCAGACGCAGCAGACCUUUAUAGGAACGUCUUCGUACUCCCAACAGGGUUAUGGCUGGGAGUCCAAGCUAUACAGCCUGGAGCACGGCCAUGAGCGACCGGCGGACAGGAAGAAGAAGAGCCUGGGUCUGGCGACGCUCAAACGGCGGUUUAUCAAAAGGAGGAAGUCCAGCCGCUCAGCGGACCACGCCCGGCAGAUGCGGGAGCUCCUGUCGGGUUGGGACGUCCGCGACACCAACGCCCUGGUGGAGGAGUAUGAGGGAACUGCCGCCCUCAAGGAGCUAAGCUUCCAGGCCAGCCUGGCCCGCGCCGAGGCCCCCAGCCUGCAGCGCGACCUGGCCGCGCUCUAUCAGCACAAGUACUGCACUGACGUGGAUCUCAUCUUCCAGGGAACCUGCUUCCCGGCUCACCGCGCCAUCCUGGCCGCCCGCUGCCCCUUCUUCAAGAACCUGCUGUCCUCUUCUCCCGGUUAUGGCGCCGAGGUCCUCAUGGAUGUCGACACGGCCGGCAUCGACGUGCCCAUGUUCUCCGCUCUGCUUCAUUACCUGUACACGGGGGAGUUCGGGGUGGGCGGAGCCGAGGACAGCCGGCUGCAGAACGUGGACGUGCUGGUUCAGCUCAGCGAGGAGUUUGGUACGCCCAACUCCCUGGAAGCGGAUAUGAAGGGCUUGUUUGACUACAUGUGCUACUACGACGCUCUGCUCAGCUUCUCCUCUGACUCUGAGAUGAUCGACGGCUCCAACGAGAGAGGGGCGGUCGCCGCGGUGCCGACGGGCUCAGGAGGCGGCGUCGGUGGCGGGGCGACCCCAGAGGAGGACCUCAGGGCCCACAAGGCCAUCCUCUCUGCGCGUUCGCCGUUCUUCAGGAACCUUUUACAGAGGCGCAUUCGCACGGGGGAGGAAAUGACGGAGCGCACGCUGCAGACACCCACCAGGAUAGUUUUGGACGAGUCCAUCAUCCCACGGAAAUACGUGCAGGUCAUCCUCCACUGCAUGUACACGGACGUGGUGGACCUGGGGCUGGUGCUGCGCGGCAGCCCGUCGUCGUGCAGUUUGGGCGAGGUGCAGGCCCUCGUUUCAGGGUGCAGGGGGGCAAGCACGCGCACGGAGGAGGCCAUGGAGCUCUACCACAUCGCACUGUUUCUGGAGUUCAGCAUGUUGGCCCAAGGGUGUGAGGACAUUGUUGUGGAAAGUUUGUCCCUGGACUCUCUGGUCCCCAUCCUGAAAUGGAGCUCCCAGCCGUACGGCUCCAAGUGGGUCCACAGGCAGGCCAUGCACUUCCUGUGUGAGGAGUUCAGCCAGGUGGUGACCUCUGAUGUUCUGUACGAGCUCGGCAAAGAGCACCUUCUCAGCGCCAUUCAGUCCGACUACCUGCAGGCGAGUGAACAGGACAUUCUGAAGUAUGUCGUAAAGUGGGGCGAGCAGCAGCUGAUUAAGAGGAUGGCAGACAGGGAGCCCAACCUGCUGAGCGGCACAGCCCACAGCGUCAACAAGAGAGGCGUGAAAAGGCGAGACCUGGACGUGGAGGAGCUGAGGGAGAUCCUUUCUCCACUCCUGCCCUUCAUUCGGACGGACCACAUCCUGCCUCCCAACAGUGACGUUCUCGCCGACGCUCUGAAGAGGGGUUUGAUCAGCACCCCUCCAUCAGACAUGCUGCCCACAGCCGAGGGGGGCAAGGCCAACGCCUGGCUGCGGCAGAAGAAUGCAGGGAUCUACGUCCGUCCGCGCCUCUUCUCUCCUUAUGUGGAGGAAGCCAAGUCUGUGCUUGAUGAGAUGAUGGUGGAGCAGACGGACCUGGUGCGUCUGAGACUGGUGCGCAUGUCCAACGUCCCGGACACUCUCUACAUGGUGAACAACGCCGUGCCUCAGUGCUGUCACAUGAUCAACCACCAGCAAAUGGCGGGCAGCUCCAGCACGGCUCCCUCCGUUGUGGCCAACGAAAUACCAGUGCCUCCUCUGUCUGUGGUGAAGGAUAUGAUCCGCAGGCUGCAUGAGCUGAGGCACACAGAGCAGGUCCAGCGGGCCUACGCCUUGAACUGUGGCGAGGGAGCCACGGUCAGCUACGAGCUGCAGCUGAGGGUGCUGAGGGAGUUUGGCCUUGCAGAUGGAGCCACGGAGCUGCUGCAGAACCCAUCCAAGUUCUUCCCAGAUGAGCGUUUUGGAGACGAGAGUCCGAUUCUGGCCCUGCGUCAAGUGGGCCGUUGCCGGGUCAACAGCAGUCCGGCUAUGGACAGCAUGAUAAUGGACCUGGAAGGAGUGGCAGGCUUCCACCCUCCGCUGCCUCCUCCGCCUCCUCCCUACCACCCUCCCGCCACGCCCAGCCACGCCCAGGUCAAAGGGGGCUGGCGACCCCGGGUUCCCAUGCCGACCCCUACCCGCUCCUUCUCCUACCCCUGCAACCGGACCCUGAUCCAGCGCCACGCUGCUUCCAAACAUGGCGGUUCAGAGUACUCCUCGGCACCCAGAUCCCAGCCUCCGGACUGCACCAACCCCCAGGCUAUGGGCCGACCUCUGCUGUCAAACCAGCAGGCGAUGGGGGUGGAGCCGAUGAUGAGGGAGUUCAUGCCAGACAUCGCGCUCGGCGUCUCGGUCAUGUCUCUGAGGGAGCAGCACAUGGCCGACAUGGAUGGCGAAGGCCCUCACAGCCCCAUGGGCCCUUCAGGCCACCACCUGCCCUGCUCUGCUGUUCGCCUCAGCCACGGUUACGGCCCUGGACACGGCCACUCCUGCAAGAGGCACGCUCCAGAACCCAAGCUGGAGGCCCAAGCGGAGUUCCCCGACCUGUACGACUUCUCCUGCAGACCCGCGACCCCGACCUCCGCCCAUCCUCUGCCCGCUUUCGCAGGACCGGACCUCUACAGCCACAGCUGCACGCAGUCCGGCUCCUACCCCCCUCCUUACGUUUCUGACUGCCAGAGCCAUGGCCACCUGCAGGGACGGACCGCCCCGGACCCGCUGCGACUGGACGUCCUCAGUUUAAAAUCCCAGAGACACGACGGCGUCCUCUCCAGUCCGUCCGGACCGCAGCCAAGGGCGGGUCCGUUCCCGAAGGGGCGGCCAAACGAGACGGACCUCACCCACGGUUUGGGUCAUCUACGCUCCCCCAGUGGGAACAUGGACUGCUACGAAGAGAGACCCAGAGACGCUCCAGAGGAGAUGGUUCUGGGCGGAGAUCCGUCGGGUCCGGUUCCGCUCCAGCAGUCUCACAGUGUAGGCGAAGAACUCCUCAGAGACCGCAGAUCGCCCAGCAAACCGGACUACCCCUAUAAGAAAUCUGCACUUUAACCCCAGUUCAGGAGCCGGGGUUGAGUUGAAGGGAAAAGGGAAAAAUGCGAUGAGCACUAAGUGUGUGUGUGUGCGUGGGUGUGUGUGUGUGUACAAGAGUCAGAGAAAAGGGUUGUAGCUAGAGCUGGGCGAUUGUUUUUCAUUUUUACCACUUUUAUUUCAAAAUAAGCAUUUUCUGCCAUCGGAAUAAAAAAUAAUCUGAAUCUGGUCCUAAUAUUUUGUUGUAGAGUUGAUCUGAAUUCAAAAUCUAAAUAAAUAGAAGCUGUAAAACACUCGUCAAACACGAUGGCGGCCUAGGGCACGCUAACAUCUAAAGUAUGGAAACCCAACGAGCACAUUGGUAAUAAAAAUCAAAUAAUUUUCCAAAAAUUAAAUCUUCAAAAGCGUAAUAAAUUAAUCGCCCAGCUCUAGCUGUAGCUGCUUCUGUCCUACCUCUACAGCGCUGCGCUCUCAUCACACAGAGUUUAGACAUGAAGCCGCUCUGCUCCCGGCUUCAUGCGGAUUUCCGCAAAUAUCCUCUCGAUUUUGGUCAGCUAGAGGUCUGCAGGAGACGCACCGAUCAGCGGAAACAUUUAAUCUGAGUUUAUGAGCCAGAGUAACAGCAGCACACGGACUCGGAGGAAGUGAUGCAACAAAACGUAGAGUUAGAACAUAGAUCCGCUCUGCUGGUUUCUCCUUCAUGUAGCAUUUCUGACGACACGUCCUCACUCCGAUCAUCUCUGACAGGAAGUACACUGCAAAAACACAACAUCUCACCAAGUAAUUUUUGGUCUAGUUUUUACUGCAAAUAUCUUAGUACACUUGCAAUGAGACACAAACUAACUUACAAAUAACUUUUCGGCAAGAUAUAUGAGCUUAUUUUAAGCUAAUAAUUUAUUAACAUCAAUUUUAAAAAGUACUAGAUCCAUUGGGAGAUUAUUUAACUAACAAGACAUUUUUCCAAUGUUUUAAGUGGAACAAGUGGGAAUUUUGAUAAGUUUAUACUACCACUCACUCACUCCUUUUUAAACAUAUUACAAAAAUGAUGACGUUAUGCUUCAUGCUGUUUUUUGUACUUAUUCAAAAAAUAAACAAAAAAAUAAUAAUCUGCCACUGAAAUUUGUUCUUUUGAUUCAAUGUAAAAAUAUUUAAUUGAUGCAAAAACGGAAAUUAAAUGUUGUAACUCAUCAACUCACAUUAAAAGCAUUGAUCUACUCCAAUCUGAACGCCGCAACAAUAACUAUAUAUCUUGCUAAAAAGUUACUUCUAAGUUAGUUUUGUCUUUUUUCAAUUGGAUUAAGAUUCACUAGAUAAAAAAUACUUUGUAAUAUUUUGUGUUUUUUGAGUGUAGCUCAUUAGUAAUGAGUGACAAAAGUGAAGAAAGGAACAUCUGCGUGCUGUGAUGAUCGUUUUUGCAGCAAACAAAACUGUAGGAACCUUCUGCCAAUCAGAGAGGCUUAUCGGAACUCUUUAGCCAAUCAGAGAGGCUGAUUGGAACGUUUUAGCCAAUUGGAGGCAAGUCAGGUGUUUUGAAAUCUCUGUGCUACAAAUCAGAGUCCGAGGCGUUGUCUAGCAUCAAGUAACCACAUUUAAAGCCUUAACAAGCGCUUCAAACGACAUUUAUUCACAUAAAAACAUUUUCAGUCCUUCACUUUGACUCUCUCUAGGUUUGAUUUAUUCAUUUCUGCAUUUUCCUCACAUUUCAAAAAAAAAAAAAAAAGUCCACAUGUACAUAUCAGGACUUUUGCAAACCUCAUUAGCACAGGAUGCACAUGCAGUGUUGAUAACUGUUAAAUAUGUAGUUGGAGACCGGCUGCAGCUGUAGCUCUGAACUUCUUGUUUCUUACAGAAAGACGGCAAACAAAAAAACCUGCAUCUCAAACUGAAAUGUAACCAACAGUAACGCAAAGUCGGCCCGUGCUGGCUCAGGUCUCCAACGAGGAAUUGUGUAUAUAUUGAUUUGAGUCCAAAACAUUCAGAUCGCUUGUGGUUUUUUUUAAUAGUUUGUCACAUUUUGGUGGUUGUUGAAGGUCUGUGUGUUUUUACUGUAGUGAAGAACACUGUGUGCUCGUCUUUGUCAUAAAACUCUCACUGAGAAUGUGUGCUAUAAAACAAAAAGAUUGUGUUUAGGACGUUUUUCAUAAAUGUUAUGCAUUAAGGACAUUUAUUUUUAGCUGUAGAUGAUGUGAGGAUGUUUCCUCUCUGCUUUGCAUUGAUAGAGCUGCCAAGCAGAAAAGUAUUUUCUUUUUUUUUUCUCCAGCAAGUUGCUUCAUGGGGAAAAAAUGCAAAACUCCAGAUUCUUCCCCGUCUUCAUGUUUGGUAGCUUUUAAUAAUUAUUUUUCCAGGCCAGUGUUCCACUGAGUCCCAGGCGUUUUGCUCUGUGCUGUAGAGGAGUCAGUGCCUUUUAUUGGAGGAGUGACUUUGAUGUCUAUGCAAGCUCUUUUCUACCAGCUAACCAGCAUGCAUCAGAUAGUAAUUUGAAAACCCAUGUAGCUCGUUUUGUGUACAGUGUUAUUUAGCAGCUUUUUAAAAAGAAAAAUAACGAAAAAAUCAACCAUCGGAUGGAUGUGUGUUGAAUUGUAACAGGUACAUUGUACUUGUAUGCUACCGUUAGAUACCUUGUUUGUAGAUUUAUAAGUUGCAUUUAGUUUCACUGAAUCUAUUUUUCUACUGUUGCCUCAGAAGGUGCAUCACAGUGGUCAACUUCUCAAAAUAAACACUUUAAUAUGA